AUAAUAUUUAGCAUUAUUUAUUCAAUUGCCAUAGAAAAUAAUAUAGUCUAAACCAUACUAGAACUAUCAGUAUGGGAUGGCUGUUGAAUAGUACAUACAUUGGACAUUGCACACAAGCCCCUGUGUAAAUUGGCAUUGUCUGACCCCCAGGGACUUGAGGGGAGGGGCGAAAAGUGCUCAAAUUGACUAAAAUUUGAAAAAUCUUCUCUAGCUACUUCUACCUUUGGUCAGAGACAUAUAUACAUAUAUGUCUCUGCUUUGGUACAGUAUAUGGUGGAUUCAACUUCCAUACAUGGAAGGGUCUGAAGGUCUAGUAUCUUUUACCAAAAUUAUGAAUCAUGGUAUGGGUCUCACAUUUCUCCCUAGAGAGGGGAUAAGGUAUAAUUAGUUCAUAUCACUAUCAGAAUUCAGGUGACCUGUCUGACCAUAAUAAGGCCCCUGGGCCACUUCCUUUUUCUUAUUGGCAAAAACUGAAAUCCGGGUUUUUUAACAGUUUGGGAUCUAGGCCUAAUAUUAAGUAUUAACCGCUCUCUUCAAUAUGGCGGUUCUUACAAAGUUGACAGCUACGUUUCAGACUCCUACUUCAUGAAUUGUCUUACAAAUAUGUGAGUAACUAAUUGAGAGCUGUAUUCAGUAUUUGUUUAAGAAUUGUACAUUAUCUGUAAUAACACAUUCUGUUUACAAUGUCAAAUGAAUCUCAAAGGACUGGUAGCUCAUCAACUACCAUACAGUACCUUACAGACUAACCUACCACAGGGUGUAUAAUGUUAACACUUAAACAGGUGAUGUUUGGCCUUCGAUCAUUGAUGUACAUUAUCAAGCAAGUGUCCAAAUAUCUGGACCUGACAAUUAUUUACACAGAUCCUCUGUGAUUUAUGAACUAAAAUGUAUAACUUGGUCAGAGCAUGAUAAAUCUGAUGAAAUGUUUCAAAAAGGGUCAGCAUUUAGGGGAUAGUACGUUGUUUUGAGUGGCUAUACUGGCAAUUAGAAUAUGAAAUUUGGUUUGAACUCGAGACCGAUUGGAUCAGCAUUAAAAAGAAUAGUGAUAGUCUGGAAAGAGGAAUCACAACUAUAAUUUUACUUGACCUUAGAUUGUAUAUUUUUAUGUUUGUCUGAAGAUUGUAUUAACUGCACUUUUAAGAAAUUUGUUCACAGUUGAAGUUGAUCCAUUUGAAGUCAUCCUGGAGAAGAUUGGAUGUGGCCAUCUCACGCAAUCGUUCAAAGAUGACAUGAGGUCUUAUGGCAGAGAUAUGUGGGAAAAUUUUUCAGGGUCAGGAAGGGCAGAACUUUUUUCGGCAUGACCUUGAAAAAUUAUCUCAAGGAUUCUAUGAACUGUCAGGCAAACUGGUUGCCUUUUCCCUCCUCCAUGGUGGGCCAAGUAUACCAGUUCUCCAUCCAGCUGUUGCAAAUGUUGUGUUAGAUGGAGAGGUUGCUAUGGAGACAGAAACAUUGCCCUUGUUGGAGGAUUGUAUUUUCGACUGGGAAACCAGAGAGAAAUUAAUUCUGUUGCAGAAUACACUUGAUGAAAAGCAGUACCACAAUCAACUGGAUAAAAUCAGUGACUGGUGCUUGGAACAGAGUUUGUCUAUCUCUAAUUUUAGACAUUUUGAGAAAAAACAACAACUAAUGGACAUCCUCAAAAAAAAUGAAAUUUUCUACCGAGUCCAGUCAGAAUUUUUUCAGUUCAGGAAUGGAUUGAACAAAGUGGGAAGACUGCUAGAUGCAGUCCAACUGGCCCCAAAGUCUUUUCUUCAUCUCUUCACCCAGACCAGCAAAGCUCUACGGUUCAGAGACAUCGGGGGGAGCUUUAUAAGGUGAACUGGAGUCCUGAUGGAUCCAACAAUAAGAGGCAGGAGGAACAGGCUUUGUAUUGUCUAGAAGCUUUUCUUGCCUAUUCAGAAGGGGGAUCCACAGGGAUUUCAUUAGACGAGGUGUUAUCCUUUUGGACUGGAGCAGCAAGCAUUCCUCCACUAGGAUUUGAAAAAUCUCUGGAAGUGUCCUUUGGAAGCACUAAACAAUUUCCAACAGCCCACACCUGUGCCCUUAUAUUAACAAUAUGGCGUUGUUUCGAUGAUCCUGACGAGUUUCAGGAUACAAUUACAAAAGCAAUAAAAUGGGCAGGAGGUUUUAAUCUUGUUUGACAAUCAAAACGUUUUCAUGACAGCAAAGUUUCUUAGAUUUUAAAAUUGUGUUCAAGGCUUUCAUUGCAUGUUGUGCCAAUUUUUUUUAGAUGUAUAGCAGCUAACCUCAAGUGAAGAACAUUUAUUUAGGCCCCUGCCGGUGAAACUGGAGAUCAAUGUAUUUGUCUCCGUCGUCUGUCUGUUUGUCCGGAAGUUGGCUUCCUGGCAAAACUUGAGUGAGAAGUGAUGAAUGAUACAAAGUGGGAUUGAAUCUGUGGUCAAAAUGUCAACUAUGAGAUCACUGUUACUGAAUAGACUUACUACUUAAUAGAUAUGUAUGGUCAAAUUGAUAACUUCAAUAUUAGUCGUCUGAUUAAUAUUUUGUAAUGGCAUUAAGGGAAUUAUGAAGCAAAGUUUAUAAGAAACAAAUUGAGAACCAACUGACCUGUGGUCAUGUAAAGGUGAAGGUCACUGGUUCAAGAUUAGAUUUCGCAUUUUGUGGAAGAUAAGAUUUUAAGACAUGAAGAAAAGUAUGUCAGAAUGACACAAUAAGUCAACUAACCUAGGGUCAACAAGUGUUAUAACCUGUUGGUUGAAUCCCUCUACCCAACAUUAAAUUAGGAGACAAAUGUGUAUAGUUUGCAAUCUGAUUUCGCAUGUUGUCAUUUUCCAUAAGCUUUUCCUUUAAAAAUAGCUUUUAAAUCAUGGACUCAUUUCAAUUUAAUCAAAUGCGAUUGCGCAACAGAUCCAGUUUAUAUUACACACAUUAGGUUCAACGUGGUAAGACUGGAUAUAAUUUCAAUUACAUGCUAUUUUCAAUGAUUUAGAGAAUUUUACUGACAAUUUCAUUUGAUUCCAAUGCAGUGUCUUCAGUUGUUUACAAGAAAGGAUGAACAUUAAUAUUCUGAGUGUUAGCUUCUUUCUUUGAUUGAUGUUCAAAUCAAAUAAAAAAUAAAUUUGGAAGAU